UCUGCUCGGCAGCGCAGCACAAAGUUGCAGAGCAUCUCCCCCGAGUCCCCGCCCCGCAUCUUUGCCUUCACUUGCAUAUAUCUGUACACCUGCAGCCAGCUGCCUCUCCUCCGGACUGCCGCCGUGACUUUACUUCAGCCUCCCCACACACACACACACACACACACACACACACCGCCCCCCCCACUCUCCUCGUCAACAGUUUGAGCGACCAGUCCGAUCGAGUUGUGUCUCGACGCCUUUUCAAAAGAUGCUGGCUUGUACGAGAUGAUCACUAUGUGCCUGCAGUCGGCCAAACAGAAAGCACAUUCUGGCUCAGCAGCAGCAGAAGCAGCAGCACAGCGCCGGACAGGGGCUGAGUAUCUUCGUGAUAUUUUCCGCAGAGCAGACAAAAACGAUGAUGGCAAGCUGUCAUUUGAGGAGUUCAAUGCUUACUUUGCGGAUGGAAUCCUGACUACUGAGGAGCUGCAGGAGCUUUUCUUCUCCAUAGAUGGCCGACAAAAUAACAAUCUGGACACUGACAAGCUAUCAGAGUAUUUCUCUGAGCACCUGGGGGAGUAUCUCAAUGUACUUUCAGCUCUGGAGAGCCUGAAUGUUGCCAUUUUAAAGGCGAUGGAUAAAACUAAAGAGGAGUACCAGGGUUCCAGUGUGUUGGGCCAGUUUGUCACCAGGUUCAUGCUAAGAGAGACGUCCAAUCAGCUACAGUCUCUACAGAGGUCCCUGCAGUGUGCAAUGGAGGCAGUGGAAGAGCAGAGCAGCCCUGCACCGAGAGAGGUAAAGGUACCGGAGCUGACAGCAGUACAGAAGAAUGGCAGGCGGUGUGGUCGCAGGAUCCAUAAUAACCUGUGCAUGUCCCCAUCAGAUCCCUCCUCUGGCAUCCUGACCACAGGUGUCUGCAUGCAAGAUGGAGAGAACUGGUCCUCUCAAAUCAACAGGCUGCAGCAACUGCUGGAUAAACUGGAGUGUCAGGGUCCCAAGUUGGAGCCACUGAGGGAGGACACACUGGCCAGCACGUACAAGUCUAACAUCCUGUUGGUUCAGAGGCAGAUGUCGCUGACCGAUGAAUCUGAAGAUCUGGAAAACUUCCGUAAAGUCCUGAAGAGCUACAUCGAUUCCACCGCAGCGCAGUCUGACAACCUGCAUGUGUCCGUUCAGAAGCUCCCGGGAAAGUUGUGUUACAUAAUGUAUGAGUUCUGGCAGGACCGCAUCUCCUGGAUGAGCUACCUGCAGUCCAACAGCAGUAAAGACUUCCAGCGCUGCACCAUCGACAUGUUGGAGGAUGCUGAAGUAGUUUCCACCAUGUUGCUGCCAGCUUCCUGGUGGAUCGGGACUAACAACUAGCAACCGAAUCCAGAAUCUACUGCCUACACUGUCACACGGACAAAGACACACCCACACACACACACACACACACACAUGAUAAUUCAGAAGGCCUCCUCCAUGUGUUUGAUAGCAACAGGAGACAGAGACAGUGACGUCAUCCAGCACUCUCCAGCAUCUCCUCUGUGUGUUCCUCUGUCUCCGACUGUUCAUUAUUGUGCCGCUUGUAUCAAAAGGGAUAGUUGCAUCCCUCUAGCCGAUCUAAUGACUUGAACGUGUUUGAUUCUCUGCAAUUUUCUUCUCAUAACCCUGUCUCACACUUGGCCUCCUCUCUCUCGCAGUGUUUUUCUGCCAUUACGCCAGUGGAGAACAACCCAAAAUACGCUAGUACAAAUCCAAUUGAAUUAAGUUUAAGUUCACCAUGCCAGUAGUGUUAAUGUGCUUUUGAUGAGUUGUUUACAGUUGAAUAACAUUAAAUAGGAGAUGAAGGGUUUCUUCAGGCAAAACGUGCAUGUCCUUGAAAUCCUGGCUGUAUAUGCUGUUUUCCUUUUAUUUAGCUAUCCUAUUGUUGUGUGCUCAGAAUGAUACAAAUCGGCCCCUAUUGCUAGAUAUACAACUUUAUAUUAGUGACAUCUACUCUGAGACACACUCUUUGUUUCAAAAGUAUCUCCAGAAGUGUGACUAUCUUAACGGAAGUCACGCUUUGUGAGGACAUUCCAUUUUACCACUAAGUUAUGAAUAGAAAAUAUGUUUAAUGUGUCAUGUAAUAUGUUCUGUAAUCGUCACCACAAAUUGUAACUAAACUGAAACUGGACUUCAACACAAAUAAGAUUAAAGCUAUUCAUUGUUUUGACAAGUG